AUGGACGGCUAUAAAGCUCCUCAUUUCGAAAAGUCCCUCGACUCCAAUACCGAUUGGAUUCGACUCAAAGUUGAACGCGAGGGCACGCAAGCUCGCAAUAUAGUAAAGUACAACCUUCCUUUUUCUGAGACAUGUGAAGAUUCCAACCGGGUAUCUUUGUCAAAGCGUCACCAUGGGGACUACAGUUCGGGUUCUCGGGCAUCGUCAGCCGGGAAUUCUGGCAGCACAAAAAGCCGAGCCACUGCGAGUUCGGACCGUUCGUCUGCCUCAUCCCGGGAAACUUCACAACGAAGUCUAGCUAGGAGACGACAAGACUACCACGCCCUCUAUUGGGGUCAAAUGCUGGAUACGUUGAAACGAACAAUUGAUGAGAUCUAUGCGGCAUGUGAAUUGGAUGAGUGUGAGAUGCGAUGCAAAGAGGUGAUUAUGAUCCUCACCCAUAGCGAGCAGGAUUUUAAGUCACUAAUUGAGAAGAUGUCUCUACUUCAACAGUUCGGAAACAGACCCACAAGUCUCGCCUGGGACGAGCGGAAGAUAUCACCCGGCAGACCAAUCAUGCUUCGAGUUCUCGCUGACCUUGACCUCUCCCCAACCACCCUUACACCGCCCUCCUCCUCGACCGCAGCCGCAGCUGCCCUUGCCUGGGGCUCCGACGAAGAGGAUCUUCUGAAUGAUGUUGACGAGGAAGAAGAUGUGGAGGAAGGUGAGGAAACUCACUUCGACGCAGCGAUAAAGUCUGUGGCCUCCACCGAACGCCUUCUACGAAGCGAAUUAGGACGGGAGGAGGCUUCACUGCGACAGCUAGGUGGCGCCAAUAGCAAAAAAUCUUCCACUAGUGGUGCUGACUCCACUGCAACUCCAUUCGUCUGUUGUGCCUGUGCUGGAGAGACCCAACGACGAUCAGUUGCUGUGGCAACGGAUGGAGCGGGAGGUGAUUUUCUUAGUGCUGGGUGUGAUCUUCUGGGAGCCGGGAAACCAAGAAUUCCCGGCAGAGGUGUGCAAAUGCAUGAAAAACUUCUGGCGCAGAAUCGUGGAAGAUGUGAGCGCUCCAUCCAGGAAAUUGAGGCCAAGCAGGCACGAGCGCGAUUUCUACGUCAACGACAUCUACUAGAGCGGUCUAAUAGAGUGAGGGAGCUCAGUAAGAAGGUGGAGGAAGUUCGGAAGCAGAAACUUCGGCUGAUUCAACAACGUCGCAACUUCCUCGAGCAACGUCUUCUCGUAGCUGACGCCAAUCGACGGGCAGAGUUAAAGCGCCGCAUAUUAAAGGCACACGAUGAGGAGAUUAAGGGCCGAGAAAUUGCAUUUAUUCAGAGUCUGGAGGCAGAGCAAAAGCAGCACACGAUCUUUGCAAAACAUGAAAUUUCUUGUGCAAGACUAAGAGAACGAGCUGAAGUUCGGCGUAGGCGUUUGGAAGAGAAGGCGGAGCGAGAAGAAGCCGCUAAGCUUCGACGAAUAGAGUUGGAAGCACUUCGUCUGGCCCGCCUGGACGAGCUCCAGGCACGCUGGAUAUCCCGAGCGCACGAAAUCGAAAUGCGGGGCGAACAGACUCGAUUGGUGCGACGUGCGGCGGCGAGAGAACGCGAAUUACAUCGUGAAAUGAAACUGGCUAGUUUGGAGCAACAGCAGCGCCAACACAUUGAGGAGUUGAGGUCGAAAAUCGUGCGUAAACAACUUGAAUGCGAACGCCGCCAUCAGGAGACCCUGAGCGGCAUUCGACGCAAAGCUCUCGAGAUGUCUGCUCCACAACACGACACAACUACCGCCACGUUACCACGGCAUUCACAAUAUCACCGGCGUGGUUGGUGUCGUCUCUGUCGUGUUGAGGUGGACUCCGUCUCGCAUUUUGAAUCGCAGGAACACCGCAAUGCCCUGCUCACCUCUCUCCCCGCCUGUCUGCGGCGUAGCGAUAGAUGGGAUAUCGAUCGUCUCAACGCGGCUUGUUUCAUAGAACUGCCGACAUCGUUAAAGCAUCAGGAGGAGGCGGAUGAGAAGGAACGCCUACGGCGACAACGGAGAUCAGCUGAGGUGGAACGUCAGAAACUUCUCGCUAAACGUUUGGAUGUUGUGCGUCAGCGAAUGAAUGCGAGAAGCAUUCUUUAUCGCAAGGCACCACUUGUGAAUGACAAGUUGGCUCCCUCUUGUCCGCAAAAAGCACAACUUCAAAAACAUAUCAAGGAAGCGAGAAGAUACUGCAAUCUGCCGGAGUCAGGACCGUGGGUAGCCUCGCGUGUAGCGGCUAUGGAGAAAGCCCUUCGUGCCAUUCGGCGGUUGGCCAAUGACGAGACGUCUCUCCUGUGCUGCUACCAUCUGGACUUGCCAUCAGUUCUCGUGAACUUAAUCGAUUUGACGCGUUGUCAAAGAUAUUUCGAUUUUCCUGUCGUUCCUACCAGGACUGUUGCUUUGGCAUGCGAAUUACUGACCUCAAUUUGCCAAAAGGUCUCCCUCUGCUCCUGGCACCUCCUUUUUAAUUGUGACCUAACUCUUCUUCUCGACUGUCUAACCGUGAAAUUGAGCCGGCUGGAAGUCAUGGAACUGUGGGAGGAGGUAAAACAACCCCAAUGUCCAAAAGGUGAUGGAAAACCAUUGGAAGAGAUGGGUUUUAUUUGCGCUCUCUUCUCCUGCCUUCUUGUUAUAAGUCGUGGACUAAAAUCGUCCCCACCAACUCUUACCACCGCUACGGCUACUCCCCCAUCGAAGAAAGCGUCCAACCUCACUGCUGCCUGUCUGUCGGACUUCGUCGCCUACGCAGUGAAUUCCGGUCUGAUGGAAGUUCUGACAAAUUUUCUCUCUCUACCAAGUUUAAGUUCUCAAUUGACUUGUCCAUUGGACUCCAGCAGUCCUGAACUAAUUGACAGGGGACCAGAAGUAGCUCUAAAAAGUCUCCAACUUCUCACUGCUCUUGUUCGGAUUAUACCCUCUGCAAAGAGCAAGCGUGCCGACAAGCCGAAGGGUUCAACCGAAAUCACUGAUGAUCCGACAUUCUUUUUUGAUGCGGUGGCAGCUACCGAGGUUUUUGGCAUUGUUUCGCUCCUCUAUGACACCCUUCAAAUGUCAGCAAAUCCUCGUGCAGGUGAUUGUCAUGAUGGUAGUGAAGCGAUUGGUCAGAAGUUUUCACUCAACGCGCGAUUGGCUGAAAUUGUUUUGAAUGCGCUGCGACUAAUUAAUUGCGCGUCGUUGGUGAAUUUGCCUAAAAUUCAGGAAAUUGUCAGCAAUGAUUCGACGUCUAUACAAGUGCGUCACAUUAUGGGCCUCCUUUUCUCCAUCUGCGCACCAAAAGAGGACGAGUCUGAGGUAGAAAAAGAUGUGCCCUCUCCUGCUCCCAUCACAACCCUUAAUAAGGCCACCACUUCGGCGUCGGGUGGCUGUUUGGUGGGUAAAAGUCGUCGAAAUGCAUCUGCACUCAUUCCUAGUGGUGCUAAGGAGGUUGGCCUCAAGGUUACGCCUAAAGAGGGCCCCUCAUCAUUGCCAUUAUCGUCACCUGAAGCAUUACAAAGGAGGUGCGCCACUCCUCCUGACCAUGACAGCUGUCACCAAGUUCUGAUUCUACAUGAAGCAAUUAUAUGCUUGGGCUACCUAACAUUGGGUCACCUUGACAACCAGACGCGUUUAUGUGUCAACGGUCAGUCUGUGACACCACUGCUUCUGCAACUAUGCCAACUCCCGUUGAAUUACUUCUCCCAACCCGUGCUGGCAGAUAUCCUGUUUCCUACACUGAUCGCCUGUUGUUUCCCCCCUAAGGAUGCGGGUGGUAGCAGCACUAACACUGCCCUGCUUGCUGUGCAUUUGAAUCCGGCGCUGCUUGCAAACUUCAUUGAGGCUCGCAUUUUAGAGAAGACCUUGGCCAAACCGAUGGAUGACAAGUCCACUUCCAGCCAAAGUGAUGACUAUCACCAAUUCGAAAACCGCUUUCCUCCCUCACUUUGGCCGGCAGCCAAGACGCACUUUAGAGAGGCCAAAAACACCUUCGAAUGA